AUGUGGUGGAAAAACGCAACCGUGUACCAGAUCUACCCCGCCAGCUUUCAAGACAGCAACGGGGAUGGCAUCGGGGAUAUCCCCGGCAUCCACAGCCAGCUCGAUUACAUUCAGUCCUUAGGCGUCGAUGCCAUCUGGUUGUGUCCAAUGUACGACUCCCCCCAGCACGACAUGGGCUACGAUAUUUCCAACUACGAAGCCGUUUACCCACCAUACGGGACGGUUGAAGACGUCGAAAAGCUGAUUGAAGCGUGCCAUGCGCGCGGACUGCGCAUCCUGCUCGAUCUGGUGGUGAACCACACCUCGGAUGAGCACGCGUGGUUUCAAGAGUCGCGAUCCUCGAUUUCCUCAGCCAAGCGCGACUGGUAUAUCUGGCGUCCUCCUCGGUAUGAUCCAGACGGCAAGAGGCACCCGCCAAACAACUGGCGCAGCUGUUUCGGCGGUAGUGCGUGGGCGUGGGACGACACUACGGGAGAGUACUAUCUGCACCUUUUUGCACCGCAGCAGCCCGAUCUGAAUUGGGAGAACGAGGAAACCCGAAAGGCCAUUUAUGCAUCAGCGAUGGAGUUCUGGUUGUGCAAGGGAAUUGACGGCUUCCGUAUCGAUGUUGUGAACGCGUACAGCAAAGAUACGUCCUUUCCGGAUGCCCCGGUCACAGAUCCCCGGUUGGAAUGGCAGUAUGCGUCGCAUCUAUUCUGCAACGGGCCCCGGAUUCAUGAGUAUCUGCGCGAGAUGAGUACUAUCCUCAAGAAAUACAAUGCGAUGACGGUGGGAGAGCUGCCUCUUACUCCGGAAAUAGAACAGGUACUUUCGUAUGUCUCGGCAAAGGAAGAAAAGCUCAGCAUGGUCUUCCAAUUUGAUAUCGUCGACCUUGGCACCGGAGAGGCCUUGAGAUAUCAUACUGUUCCGCGGAAUUGGACGCUUCCUGAGCUGAAGGAGAGAGUGUGUGCUACACAGCGACUCAUGGAUGGCACAACGGACGGCUGGAGCACGGCGUUUUUGGAAAACCAUGACCAGGCCCGAUGUGUGUCGCGGUGGGGAUGCGAGAAUACUCCUGAACUGUGGUCUCAGAGUGCAAAGAUGCUGGCUAUCCUCGUGGCCAGUCUGUCCGGGACGCUCUUUGUCUAUCAAGGCCAGGAGAUUGGGAUGGUUAACGUGCCCGCGUCCUGGGGGAUGGUGGAAUAUAAGGAUUUGGAGAGCCAGAAUUACUACGAGCAUGUCCGGAGGACUUCGCACGAUGAUCCGGUCGCAUUGGCUGCCGCAAAAACGGCUCUGCAGCAUCUGGCUCGCGACCACGCCCGCAUCCCCAUGCAGUGGGAUAGUACUCCGCACGCCGGGUUUACGACUCCCGAUGCCACGCCGUGGAUGCGGGCGCAUGACAAUUACGCGAACUUGAAUGUCAAGCGACAAGCUCUCGAUGGACAAUCGGUUCUUUCGUUUUGGAAGAGGGUGCUCGCUAUCCGAAAGGAGUAUCCCGAUGUAUUUGCGCAAGGCGUGUUUGCUCAUACGGAUCCCGAGGACGAAAAGCUAUUUAUCUUCGAGAAGAAGGGGGAUGGGCGGAAACUGGUGGUAGUUCUGAAUUUUACGCCGACUGAGCAAGAGAACAAUCUGGAAGCGAAACUUGGAAGACAGUUCGAGUUGCUGCUGAGCAAUGCGGGGGAGAAUACGCAUCGGUUGCAGCCAUACGAGGGGCGAAUGUACCUCGUAUGA